AUGUGGAAAUCUGUAGGAAACGGAACUUUAGAAGGAGUCUCCAGCGUCUCCGACAUCGACCCCUCAAAGUUAACUAUCACCACCAGCGAUACGUUGAAGCCUAUUCCUCCAUCUGAAACCCUUCAAUUUGGAGUGACCAAAACAGACCAUAUGCUGGUCAUCUCUUUCGAUCCUGAAAACGGUUGGUCUGCACCCGAGAUAAAACCAUACGGUCCAAUAAGUCUGGAUCCUGCUUCUAGUUGUUUCCAAUAUGCCACGAAUGCGUUUGAAGGAAUGAAGGCUUAUCUCGGUCCUGACGGAGAACCUCGUCUCUUCAGACCCAACAUGAACAUGGCUCGUAUGGAAAGAUCUGUUGAACGAGCUGCUUUACCAUCUUUCAACUCGCAAGCACUGUUGAGCUUGAUUAAGAGGCUGGUCCUUCUAGAACGUCGAUGGAUUCCUACAGAACCCGGCUACAGUCUUUACGUUCGUCCUACCAUGAUUGGUACUCGUUCAUCCUUGGGUGUCUCUGCGUCCGACCAGGCGCUUCUUUACGUUAUUUGUUUACCAACUGGUCCUUUCUUCUUGGGAGCCUCGAAGGAGAUUUCUCUUCUUGGAGUGAGCGAUACUGUUCGUGCAUGGCCUGGAGGAACUGGUUGUUUUAAGUUGGCUGUCAACUAUGGACCUGGGUUCCAGCCCUUGAGGGAAGCAACCAAGAGAGGGUAUAGUCAGGUUCUCUGGUUGCUCGGUGACAAAAUUACGGAGGCUGGUGCUAUGAACUUCUUUGCGGUGGUGGAGCGGGAUGAUGGGGAUUUAGAUCUCAUCACUCCACCUCUAGACGGCACCAUUCUUCCUGGAGUAACACGUCAGUCAAUAAUUGACCUCGCCAACGCUCACACCGAAGGAAAAACUCCUCUACCGAACAUACCACCUUCACAAAAGCUUUAUGUCCAUGAACAAGACCUCACAAUGACAUACCUCAAAAGAUGGCACGAUCAGGGAAAACUGAUCGAAACUUUUUGCGUCGGUACGGCGGUCAUUGUUGGUUCCGUGACGAAGAUCGGCCACGACGGUAAAGACAUCGUCCUUGAUGCAUCUAAAGUCAAACAUUCUUUGACCGACGCAUUCUUGGAACGACUUUCAGCGAUUCAAGUUGGAACUUUCCCAUUCGAGAAUUGGUCUGUACCAUGUAACCCUUGA